AUGGGGAAAGGUAAUUUGUUCCUCGGAUUUGGGCGCGGUUCCGUCGGCGACAUCACUUAUUAUCGCGCCUAUGGUGAGCAGGUGUUCAGAGGCCGCAAUCGUCACCCGGCUAAUCCACAAACAACGCUCCAACUCUUGCAGCGUGUCGUGAUGUUGACAGCUCAGCACGCUUAUUCUUUCAUGUCUAAGAUCUGCGACCACUCGUUCCAGGGCAGGGCCGUCGGAACCAUGUCGCAGGCUCGCUUCACGGCACUUAAUAUUGCAAAAAUGCGCCAGGGACUUGCCGGCGCGAUUGAGGAAAUUAUCACCGGUGCCGAACCGACCUGGUACAGUGAAAGCAAUUACGCGGCCAAAGGUUCUUUCUUACCGGAGUUCAUGCCGUACAUCAUCUCCGAAGGGUCUAUCGCGUCAUUAACGAAGGCAUGGGUGGAUGGCGCGAUGCAAAUCUUUAUAGAAGAUUCGUUUACUGACACCGGCACAUAUGCUGAUUUUUGCGCGGCUGCAGGCCUUCAGCGCGGCGACCAGCUGACUUUUGUGCAGCUAACGAUUGACGACUCUGACGUCACCGGUCAAUAUAACGGAUUCGAGUUCGCGCGUGUCAUCCUGGAGCCGUCGACCGAGGCCGGCUGGACGCAACCAAUAUUUACCGGAACAGGCGACUUCAAGACAAUCGCAAAUCCAAAUGCCGCAAACGAAGGAUCUGUUUCAUUCAAAUUAGCCGAGUCGGGUGUGCUCCAGUUCUCUUUUGGCGGUAACGCCUCCGAAGUGUCCGGCGCCGAAUUCUCCCCCGCCGCGUUCGCCGUGAUCGUCUCCCGCCGCGUCGGCGAUGUUUGGCAACGCUCGACUGAAUCGCUCGUCCUACGGCCCUACACCGUCGGCACCGGCAAUCUCACUUACGACCAUGCUGCCGACUUCCUCGGCGACGCCAUUGAAUCAUUCAAAAUCAAAGCCGGCUCGGCUCUAUAUCUGAACCAGGCCGAAAACGUUUAA